AUGCCUGCACUCAAGAAACGCAAGAUCUCUCAUGAGAAGCUAGUCGAGAAAGACGAGGUCUCGGACGAUGCCAGCUCGUCAGAAGAAGAAGUCCAAGACCGCGACGAAAAAGAUGAAGCUGACAGCGCUCCCAAAACAUUCAAAGACCUGGGAUUGAUCCCCCAGCUCUGUGAAGCAUGCGAGACCCUGGGAUAUAAGGCACCGACUGCCAUUCAAGCGGAAUCUAUACCAUUAGCUUUGCAGAAUCGAGAUUUGAUCGGUCUAGCAGAAACAGGAUCUGGAAAAACAGCCGCCUUUGCAUUACCCAUCCUACAAGCCCUCAUGGACAAACCUCAGCCUUUCUUCGGAUUAGUCCUUGCCCCGACCCGUGAGUUGGCAUAUCAAAUAUCCGAAGCCUUUGAGGCCCUCGGAUCAACGAUCUCGGUUCGAAGUGUCGUCCUAGUCGGAGGUAUGGAUAUGGUGCCCCAGGCUAUUGCGAUUGGUAAACGGCCACAUAUCAUCGUCGCUACUCCCGGUCGAUUACUCGAUCAUCUCGAAAACACAAAGGGGUUCAGUCUGCGAAGCCUGAAGUAUCUCGUUAUGGACGAAGCGGAUCGUCUGCUAGACAUGGAUUUCGGCCCGAUUAUCGAUAAGAUUCUCAAAGUCCUGCCCAGGGAGAGACGCACGUUUCUCUUCUCGGCGACUAUGAGCUCCAAGGUGGAAAGUUUGCAACGCGCCUCCCUGAGCAACCCGCUCCGUGUAUCGGUUUCGUCGAACAAGUACCAGACCGUCUCGACACUCCUCCAAUAUUACAUGUUUAUUCCACACAAGCAUAAGGACGUCCAUCUCAUUUGGCUGUUGAAUGAACAUAUUGGUCAGACCACUAUCAUAUUUACCCGUACGAUUCACGAAACGAAUCGUCUUGCACUUCUCACCAGAUUUUUGGGAUUUUCGGCCAUUGCUUUACAUGGUCAACUAUCCCAGAGCAGCAGAUUGGCAUCGAUAUCGAAGUUUCGCUCGAAAACGCGCUCAAUUUUGAUUGCCACCGAUGUUGCUGCUCGAGGUCUUGAUAUUCCAUCCGUCGAUCUCGUGCUCAACUACGACCUGGCCGCAGACAGCAAAACACACGUGCACCGAAUUGGUCGAACAGCCCGAGCCGGAAAAUCGGGAAAAGCCAUCAGUCUAGUCACACAGUACGAUGUUGAGGUCUGGCUUCGCAUUGAAAAGGCUCUGGAUAAAAAAUUACCUGAAUACAAAGUCGAGAAGGACGAGGUAUUGAUCCUUUCUGAUCGAGUCAGUGAGGCGCAACGACAGGCUAUCACUGAGCUGAAGGAUAUGGAUGAGAAAAAGAAUGGCAGUGGUGGUAAGGGAUCAGGGAUGAGAGGCAGGAGGUUUGGGAACGGUGGGAAGCGAGGACGCGAUAAUAUGGAUCAGGAGGAGGGUUAA